UUUAGCCUCAUUAAAUGCACAACGUUUUUUUUCAGCUCUAGAGUAUUCUCGUCACAAGGGUCAAUACAGUUCCGCCACGUGGCUUGAAGAAACAGGGUGCUAUUCGCACGCGCCUUAGUCAUUCAGCACGUGUCGUGUUUGUUAGGGUAGUCAUGAUGGAGGGAGAGAUGCUUACCCUGAAGGAACGAAGGUCUGUGGACCUCAUGACUAUACCAGGUUUACCUACAGCCUCUAUGUUCAAUUUAGCUCCUGAUUUUUCAGAAUUUGAGAUCAAUUCCAGGUCGACCUUCGACAUUCCUUAUUCAGACAGUGACUGCACCCCUUGCACGCCGUUGACACCCUUAGAGAGUAGCCAUACGCAUUUUACCUUCCCCGACCACCCGGGUCACCCACAGGCCACCUAUACAAGGGACACGGUAGAUGGACCAAGUGGUGAGAAGUUCUCUGUUCCAGUGAGGAGGAGGCAACGGCUGCCUAAACCUAUCACGAAGGACAUUCAGAAGAGACGGAGACUUGCUGCUAAUGCAAGGGAAAGGAAGAGGAUGGAGAGUCUCAAUGUUGCGUUUGAUAAACUCAGAACUGUGGUGCCUUCUAUUGGGGAUGACAGACAGUUGUCGAAGUAUGAGACCCUACAGAUGGCUCAGACCUACAUUCAAGCCUUGCAAGACCUCUUGGACAAAGACGACGAUUCAUAACCUAAGGAAUAAGUGAUUGAACUUUUUUGUAUGCUGGAUAGAACUAUUGCGGAAUGCAAGUGACUAUUGAAGUGCCGAAGUUUGUUUCGUGUGAAUGAAGACUUGUUGAACAUUUGACCCCCUUAAUGUGCUGGAUAUACUCAUUAUAUUUAUUUUUGUAUAAAAAACCAUUUGUGUUCAGAAUCUGCCUUCGUUUCUGUAAGUAGUUGAUUUUAUGUUUAUGAAUGAAUAUGUGAAAUGAAAACCUUAUUGAAGCAGUUUUUGUUACAUCUUAAAUAUCAAUCAACGACUCUAUUUACGUUUAAUAUGGCACGUGUUGCUUCUGUGAUGCACGUACAGGAUAUGUGGAUGGCACACGUGCAGCACGUGCAGCUCCCAAUAACAAACAGGAAACUUCACUGAAGAAACGAAAUCUGUACAAAUGAUUUGUCUGUUAGGAAAUAAGUACCAAAAUCUGUCAAUGGAAGAUGCUCAUGGUUUUGUAUAUUCUUGAAAUGGGUGCUUGUUGUAAAUUG